UUCAGGACCGCCUAUAUAUAUAUAUAUAUAUAAAGCACAUAUGUAGAGCUUGCAUUUUCGGUUAAAGGUCUCUCGGCUAUCAAGAUCCUUCACAGUCAGAAGAAAGGAAGGCUAAAGACAUUACAGAUCCAUAUAGUGGUGACGGGAGAAGUCAUGGGAAGGAGGGAGGUUUCAUGGAGUCUCAUUUUCUUGGCGAUGGGGCUGGUUAGUUUUGUAUCUGUUGAAGCCACGGGGAGGUCUCUGAGAGAUAAGGGGAAUGACUUGAACAAGGGGCUCCAGAAUUGGCACGGUAAAGAGACUACAUAUGGAGAAAUGACAGCUGGUGGUUUCGGGGGAGGGUCUUAUAAUAGAGAUGAACUGGACAAGGGGCUCCAGAGUUGGCGCGGUAAAGAGACUACCUACGAAGAACUGACAGCUGGUGGUUAUGGGGGCGGUUCUGGUUUCGGCUCUGGUGGUAGUGGGGGAUUUGGCAGUGGGGGUGGUAUAGGAAAUGGUGGUGAUGGUGGCAGUGGCUUUGGAGGCGGUGCUGGUUAUGGGGGUGGAUCUGGUAAUGGUGGUGGAUUGGGUGGUGGUUAUGGAAAUGGUGGCGGAGUUGGCAAUGGCAGUGGGGGUGGUGGAUUCGGUAAUGGUGGCGGCUUUGGCAGUGGAGGUGGUGGAGGAGGUGGUGGCUUUGGCAAUGGUAGUGGAGGAAGUGGACAAGGGGGGGCUCGGGCGUGGGGUCAGGUCCAGGGUAUGGUGGUGGUGGUGGUGGCGGCGGUGGAGGAUAUGAUCAUGAUGGGAGGAAAAACUAGGUCCAGGAAGAUCUUCUCUAGAAUAAGAUGA